UUAACAACCAGAACCAGAAGAGUUUCCAAUCUUCAUUUGACCACUUUGACAACUUUAAAACCGGUCAUGAAUUGCAGGUAGAAGUACCCAGUUAUGGCUAGUGUGAUUGUGAAAAGCGGCGUAUUUAGUGAUUACAAUUGUGAAUGAAAGUUUCAAUUACUAGUGUUGAAAAUGCGCUAUUUUGCGGUUGAAGCGCAGUGCGAGUGCUUGUGAUAGAAGAUUCUGCCCCGGGGGCAGGCAAUUGGACCUAAAUUGCUCCCGAAUGUGUGAAAAACUGUGUCGCUCGUUCUGUGAGAAGUAGCACGAAAGGAAAAGUGAAACUCAGCGCAGUGUCUUCCUGCUGGUAUCGAUUUGUGUUUGUUUUAAUUUUUCGUUCCCAUUGGAAAAAGUUUUGGCUGCCCAAAUAGUGCGUUGAUAUAUAGUUUUAUUGAAUUACGGUGCUCCGGAGAAAAAUUGUGCAGUGAACAGACGGUAGCCCAAAGAGCUCCAACGACGGCGGAAGCAAUGAGUUAAACUUGAUGGGUGUCCCCCAUUUCGCCACCAGCAGCCUGAGAGCAGUGGAGCUACAAGAAGCACCAGCAGAGCGCACACACGGAGAAAAUGACGAAACUGGUUCAACAGCCAUCGUCGAGUGCUACUGAUCAGCCACUUCCAGUUUCGGAACCUAGUGACGAUCGCGAGCAAUCUCCACAGGCAAGUUCUACACCCGCUAAAUCCCUAACAACACCAACCGGAAAGCGACCUCAGCAUCUGCAACCGACGCCUCCACUUAGUAGGAGGACCUCAACACGUUUGACCUCAAUCCGAAAUGAUAGUCUGUCAUCAGCUUCUUCCACUUCGUCGUCGUCAUCUCUUUCCUCGGUGGGGGAUUGGGAAACGACUGAAACUAAACCAGCACCUAACGAAGAUGUCUUUAAAGUGCCAUCAACUACCCCCGGAGGUGUGUCAGUAUUUGGAGAAGAACCGACAGAAUCAGGUGUUAUCUGUCGUUUGCCAUUGGAUCGAUUACAAGCAAUUUUGGGUGCGCUGAAUAUUCUGAAAAAUCCUUCGGAUGGUGAGCCAGGAACAAGUUGCUCUAGUCCAAGUCCUAUUUACAAAUUGCUUUGUCUGUACUGCGAUCGAACGUUUACUAGCCAGACGUUAAUGGCCAAACACACGGACCGAGUACAUCGAAUAACGAAGGAGCGACGAAGUAGUAGCAGAGUAAUACCAGCGACCAAUGAUGGGGCGUAUCCCAAUUGUAGCUAUUGCAACAAGGGCAAAGUGGCAACAACAUCCGAGGAUCUUCCGCAACUGUUCAAACAUUUGGUCGAUCGGCAUUCCGAUCGAUAUUUUGCUUGCGAACCUUGCGGUGUACGAUUUCCUAGUGAUGAAUCCCGCGAUUCUCAUCUGGAAACACUUCAUCCGUCAAACGACAACCCGGAUUCAAGUCGCAAUCGGCCCAAAUCGAAAGCUGCCCUUAAAAGUUUCAACGUCAAGUCGAAAAGUUGCGAAAUUGUAACCACCCCGCUUACCAUUCAGGUCGACUUCGACACGGAAGCGAUGAAGAAUCUCACUAUUGAAAAUAUUGAUGCAGUAGAUUCUCUGUCCGCUGCCCUAGGGUUGGUAGGCUCAACCACCUCAAACACUACUCGCCUUCGAAGUUCAGGACGAGCAUCUGCUGCACGAUCGAUGACUUUAGCUGGAGGAUCAAAAUCAAAAUUAGCUAAAAAGUCUGACAAAAUGAUGAUGCGUUCCUCCGAACCGAUGCUUUCGAGAUUAGGCAUAGCACAGCAUAGAACUUCACAGCAGGGACGAAAAACGAUCAACACAAAAACCCGCCGGAAAACGGCGACUGCCGAUAGCGCCAGUUGUUCGUCUUCUCUCUCUGCAGCUUCCUCUUCUCAACCGGACAAUCACUACAACAAAAUUACUAAAUUGAAAACCAUUCGUUCCACCCUGAACAAUCCAAGCGGCAGCUCCGAGAGCGACUUUGUUGUUUCGCGUGGAAAGAAUGAUAUUGUCAGCACCUUUGACGAAGAUUUUUACGAAAAAGUCAAUGCAAAUGUUCGCCAAAACUUAAGCUGUCACCUAGAUGGUAAAAUAGAAGCCACUACCCCGAACGCACCAUCACCAAUCAGUCCUGUUGCGUCAGUUCCGGCAAUACGUUCUACCGUUGUCAAAAGUCCCCUCCAAUCGGAAAGUAAAAUUCACGAAGCCACCAAUUUACCGGCGCUGACUGUCUUUCCCACUUUGCUUACCGUUGAACAGUACGGUACGGAUUUAAUGCCCGUGACCAAAAUUAAGAAACCGAUCACAAAAAACUCCUGGAAGUGGAAAUGGGAUUUUGUCAAAAAGUACAAGUACGUUAGCGAGAACGGAAAAAUUGUAAAGAAAAUAAAACAACCAACUUUGGGAUUGCGGGAUCUGUCCAAGCUGGACAUGUGGACGCAGCUAACAAUGCGUACUAAGCACGAGCUGAUCCGUAAUCGUCGAAGUCUCUACCAACCGGGAAGCUCUAUUGCCGAAGUGGGUGAUAGUCUUCGACAAGAGCAACGCAAACAGGUCUACGAACUAAACCAGAUUUUGGACACACGUGUUCUACCACAAAUCACACUCGAACAACACGAUCAAAGUAUUAUCAAGUUAGAAGCUGAAUCAGUGGAUGAUGCGAACCUGGCGGUAUCUCAACUGGCAGAUGCCCAGCGACUGUCCAACACUUUGGACGAAGACUUCAUCGAAAGUCUGCAGUUGUUGAAAUUACCGAACACAAGCGGUCGACUACAGGUCAUACUCAGCGGCGAGUGGGCCCGACCACGAUGUUACAUAUGCUAUUGUUGCGGUGACAAGUUUGGUUCCCUCAAACAGGUAGAAGAACAUAAGACUUUCCGUCAUCCGUACGUGUACUCCACCUACUAUGAGAUAGUCGGACGGGAACUUAUUGAAAAACAACUGUUCAAACAUUUCUUCAUCCCUCUGUCCGCUCUUACUAUGCACCGAAUCCACUACGCUCGUCUAUCAAACUACCCGUCGAGUAGCUUUGACCGUCGAACGCCACCAACCCGUCAACCGUCUUCUGAAUCUGCUGCCACCAUCACUGAGAUUAAAAGCGAAGAUUCCUCCUCGAACGAAGCUACCUCGUUUUCGACGGCCACCUCGUCCUCGUCGCUUCUUUCACUGUCAGGUCAAACUGCAACCAGUAUUGUAUCGUCCUGUUCGUCCCGAUCUACUCUGGACAUGCUACUUACGGCUGGUCAAGAUUUUACCACCUCAUUUACCACUUAUCCAUCCGAACCAGGACCGGUGCAGUGUUCAAAAUGUCAAAAGGAAUGUGUCAAUAUCCUUGUACUGUACGCACAUAUCCUUAACUGUACCAACGACUACAUCUGGCUACAGGCGAAGAAACGAAUGAAAUAUCGACGGGCCAAUAGGCGCCGGAAAGGAUGUACCAAGGCGGCGCUGGCUGCGCGAAAGGCUGCUCAGUCGUCCACUGCUCAUGCUGCGGUCGAGAAAUCGGAAACGGCUAGUAAUCACUCCGGAGUCGAUGCAGACAGUAGUAGCAGCACUAGUGGCUCGGAAUCCAAGAAAAAGAUAAAAUCACCGCCCAGACCGAGGGAGAAAGACAGUGACAUAGUCAAGCGGUUGACAGCCAACCUGCCAGCGAAACGCAUCUCACGUCAGAUUUUCCAGAUGACAAAACAGAUUCGUAAGCGACCCCAAAUGACCAUAGUCAAGGGUAAGAAACAGGUUGUCUCCACUUUGGCUCCUUCCAAAGCCGGUGUACCUCGUGGUGCCUGUUCGGCUACGAUUACCAAGCUGCGUAGUGGCAAGAUUUCCGUCAUCCCUAAUGUCAUAAAAAAAUCAACAACAAAAAGUACAUUAUCAACAAAACCUCCCACUCCGAAACCUAAACAAUCGGAGCGAACACCAGAAGCAGUUCAACCGGAAGUUGAUGCAUCCGAGCAAGAUCAUGGGGAGGACACCAAAGAGACGAAAGUAGAGGAAAGCAAAAAUGAAAAUAUAGACAUUUCAUCAGCAACAGGUAGUAGGAAAAUGGUUUCUCGAGCGCGGAAUAUUCCGGUGCGUGCGAAACAUUUUGUUACCCGUCGGAACGUGCAGUGGAAAGGUAAAAAUAAGAUAUUACCGUUCCGUAAAGGCACAUCCGGAAAUAGACGAAUACUGCGCAGUGGUGUUAAGGUCGUACCUGUGGGAGCAAAGAAGAAAACAAAGAUCGUAUCACCAGUGAAAAAAGAAGUGGAGAAAGAAGCGGUAGAAGUCAAGGUGAAAGCUACUCCGAAAAAGAAUGGUACCAAACGAAAGGGAAGUAAAAGCCCAGAUGAAGUUCAGAGCUAUAGCGAAGACAAUCCAUCAGCUGUUGUGGAGGAAAAACUGUCGAACGCGAACGAUGAGCUGCAGAAGAAAGAUGACGAAAAAAGCUCAGAGUUGAGUGAACCAGCAGGCGACGAGAAGAAUGUUAAUCCAAUUAUUGAGCCUUGUGUUGAAGAAGUGCCUAAAGAAACUGUCGAGAGUCAGAAUAGCGAACUAAUAUUAUCUGAAGAAAAGGUGGAGCAACAUACUAAUGAAACGCCGGUUAAAGAAAACGAAUUGCCGAAGGAGUCAACAACAAUGGAAUUAAAAGCUGUACCAGAAGAAACGCCGAAUCAACCGAUAAUACACGAAGCAACUGAACCAUUAACCCCAAUUAAGUCCCCAACACAAGGGUCAGUACCUCCUUCGGUACCAUCGACACCCUCAAGUUCUAAUGCGCAACAUGCGAGCAAACGAAAGCCUAAAAAACUUAACGAUUGCAUUGCUAUGCUCACAGGAAAAUUGUCCGAGAAACUUGGUGUUGACUUUUUCAAUCAAGUGACGGCCAAAACCUCUGCACCUAAAAAGUCUCCACCAACAAUUGAAACACGGUCUUCAAAGCAAUUGUUGUUUCCCACUCCCGAUGCAAUACCGCCACAAACGCUCGCCGUCUUACCUUUGCAGAUACCUCCUCCUCAAUUAGCGCCACUUCCAUUGGUGAUGAACACACGACAUUCACCGGCUCCCCCAAAACCAGUAAUGCUCUCGCCAGUACCACCAAUCAUUACGCCGAUGGAAGAUAUCUCCGACGAACCACUAAAUCUAUCAAAAAAUAGUCCAAUCGGAAGAAGCAUUCCGCCUCGCUCAAGAGAUAUGUAUAACCAUCAACCAGGGACUCAACAUUUGACACCACCGCCUCGAUCACCUACAACACCAUUGUCUUCACCGCAUCAUUUGCACCCGCCAUCAUCACAUCAUAAGUCACCUCAUGCACAGCAACCACAACAUCAUCACCAGCCGCAACAGCACCACUUGCCACAGUUACAUCAACAGCCUCAGGGACCACCAACACCGACCAGAAAUCUUCCUUCGAUUAAGCUUCCACCUGGACUUAUCAUCGAACGAGUCGAAUACAAGUCCCGGCCUGUUAUCUCUAAAGAGGCCCCAUCUGUUACCAUCGUUGCACGCCGACAACCACCUCCAUCGAUGGAAAAUCGAUCAAUGCCAUCAUCGCCCGCCGAGUCUCCAACAAUGCUAUCGCCGGUUCGAAAGCAUCACAGUCAGCCACAGCAACAUUAUGGAGAUCCGCGAAAAAGCACGCCUCCCACGCAACAACAACUACCAUCUCCAAAGCAGCUACAGCCUCCACUGCAGCUGCCCUAUCAACAGCCUUCCAUUGCAUCAACGUUGCGGCAGGAGAGACCUCUCGAGAAUCGCAUUUCAGUUACUAUCACCGAGGCAAAGAACAGUGAGCAGCGCCAUCAGAGUUUAAUCGCCAAACAACCCCCAGUAACACUAAACAUACCUGAACGUCCACCUAUUAUCGAUCGGGCACCGGCUGCAAUAAAUCCAACCACUCUGAUUAUUCCUACUGUGUCCGCACCUGCAAUACCCGUUCAAUCUUCCAGUAGCAGCAUUAGCAGUAGCAAGCGCAAUCGGCGCAAGAGUAUGUACGUAACACAAUCCUCAAUCAAUGAAACGACAUCACCAGCUCCGGUUCCUUCGAUCGCACCGCCUGCUCCGUUCCUGCCAGGACUAUCGCCACUGUCAUUUCUUCCACAUUCUCUGCUAGCCGGCCCACCACUCGGGUUGGACUUGCAGCGUCUAGCAGCAGUCGGGCUACCACCUCAUUUGAAACCUCCAACCAUUCCUCCAUUGACCAUACCGACUCCGUCGACACCCUCGGCAGCCACGGCAGCUGCAGCUGCUUUACUCGAGAAAAUACUACUGCCGAACCGGGAUAUGAUUGUACAACAGUUAGAGAAUGCCGCUGCACAGUCUCGAGCUUUGCGUAUAUCUCCCGAGGCGAAGAAAGUAUCAGAAGACGUGGCCCCAGUCAGUGUCCAAGUGCAAACUACGCCUGACUCGAAAGAAGUUAUACCUAUCCCAGGACAACCUACGCUAGAAAAGAAAGCUCGUUCCCGGGCCAGAACAUCCCGAGCCAAAUUACAGAGUGUUAUUGUUUCCCAUGCGGAAUCGAAUGUCAUUUCUGUGUUAGACAAUGCUGAAGUGCCCGAAAAAGACUGUCAACCAGUGAUCACGGAGAUGCCCAAGGCUGUUGAUCUACCAACUGAAAAGGCUCCAGAGAAUACUGAGCCUGAUAGACCAGAGACACCUGCAAAACCGAUAGAACCCUCAAUAGUAACAGUCGAUCCGAAGGUCUUGGAAUCCGAUCAGAUUGAAGAUCCGAAAACUUCUGAAACUCCUACCGGAAGUCGCAGCAGUACAAGCGCAAAAACUAUCCGCAAACGGCGGAAAAAUGAGCUCGCUUCCAUCCUAUCCGAUCAAUUACUUGAGAGCUUUAAAGAAGUCGAUCAAUCUGCUUUACAGGAUCUCAAAAUGAUGCACGAUAUGUCUUGUGAGAAACCGGAUGUGAAAUUCUCCCUGGAACAAAUUCCUCAACUAGCGAAGCGUAAAAUUAAUCCACGCAAUCCAGAACUUCUAGCUAGAAAUUCUCCUACCGUUGGUAGUGGAAAGAAAACGCCAGCUAGAAAGAGUGGUGGUAAGGACGUACAGCGAGAACAAACUACCGACGAAGUGAAAGAAAAGGACCAAACCGAUGAGCAGAUUGAGGAAACAAAUGUUCCGAAAUGCGAAAGUAACACGGACGGUGAAAAGGUUGAUAUUGGGGUGACAGUGGAAGAGCAAAAGUGCAGUGAAAAUAUUUCUUCAAAUCAGGAAACAGUAAAAGAUAUUGCAUAUAGCGAUGAAAAUGUUGCAGUUUCGGUGAACUUACCUGUGAAAACGACAACGAAGAAAAAUGCUAAAAAACCAGCUGAAAUCAUCUCAGUCCCAGAACAAAAACCAACUAAAUUUGCUGAAAAAGUUGAUGCUCCAGAACCUGCAAAGCAGCCGCCGAAACGACGAACGCGAAAAUUAUCCAUCGAUAUCGAUCGGAUGGCGGGACUCGAACGAAAAGGUCGACAAAAGCAACAAUACCUGAACCAACUGGCAAACCUCGAUUUAGCAGAAAAGUCAACAGCGCCCAAAAAGACAAAAACUACUAAAAAGAGUGAACCUAAAAAAUCCGACGAGGAAAAGUCGUGCAAUGAAAACGGCCAAUCGCAACAAACGGAGAAGGCAGAAGAAAUGACGAAAAAGGAACAACCACCAAUUGAGGAUGGCAAAACAAAGAAAAAAUCUACAGCCAAAGCACGUUCUAAAACUCCAUUUCCUUUUCCUAAUCAGAAACAUACAGAAAAAACCGAUCUGGAUCGAUUGAAAGAUUCGUUAAACAUUGAAACACCCACGAAAAAGUCGGCCAGUAGGAAGAAGGUAGUAACACCCGUUGAACCAGCAAAAAAGAUUGAUGAGAAUCUUUUAACACAACGAAAGAAACCCGCAACAACCGUGCAACUCCCGGAAAAGCUUGAAAUUACCCUUCCGUCAAUACCCUCCGAGCAACCGACAAAAGUUGAAACACCCACUGAGCCUCCGAAAAAGCCCGAUGAAAGUGAACGACUAUCGCUAUCUCUACCACAACCACCACCAUCAUCAGAAAAGAUGUCCACAAAACGGAAGAGUGCUAAGGUGAACGACGCUGAUGAAUGCAUGACAGAUGACAGUGGUCCUUCUCCGGUUAAAAGAAUGAAAGACGAUAAUAGGAUCCAACUGCUAGAAGAAACUGCGAAAUCUCACUCUCCUAAACGAUCAAAGACUCCUACUGAGGUGGAGUUGAAACAGAGAACUCCAUCGCCAGCAGUUGCUCCUCAGAAACCAAAACCGAAGACACCAACGGUACCAAAACGCAUCAUGGCACGUAGGUCGUCCGUGUUUGUUGAUAAGAACCUAGCACAAUACAUGAAACAAAAGGAUGCCGAGCAGGAACUGCUGGCAAACAGUAGCUUCAAGGAUGACCUGAUUCUAACAUCCCGAAGAGGAACUCGUAGUCAAGGCGGAGUAGAUUUCAACUUGGUAGCGAGCUUCGCUGAAACGGCGAUGAAACCCAGAGAUCCUAGACGAAAAUCGGCUGCUGCAGUUGCCGCAGCAGCUGCAUCGGCAAAGCGUGCCGAGGAGAAGCUUCGAGAAGAGAAGGAGCGAUUGCAACGAGACGAAGAGAUAAAGCAGGUUGAAUUGUUCAACAAAUCUACGGCUGUGGCUCCUCAAUUGCGUAGAAUUAGCACACGUCGGGCUUCUGUGUUUGUUGCUUUACCAUCAGAAAAGGAGCAACCAAAACAGCCAGAAGAGAACCUAGCUGAAAUUGGCAAAGCUACUAAACGACAGUAUAGGCGGCGGGCAUCCGUGUAUCAAUCAACGUCCUUCCUGGAUGAAGAAGAACAGCAGAAGAAAGCCGAAUUAAAGUCAAAUACGACACGAUCUAAGACACCUGGACCAAGUGAUAUGUGGGAUCAAGAGUUGAAAUCUGUUGGCCGUAGGCGUAACCAAAGUUCUGUGUUCAAUGGCACUCCAGAACCUACAAUUGAAUCACUGUUGGAGCCAUUAUCAAUACCAACGGGGACUGGAACAAAACGUCGAACGAAAAAUAGUCAACUGGCAGAAAAUCUGUCAAAACUGUUUAAUAUUGAGGAAGAGAUACAGCUGAUUGAUCGAAGCCGGCGGAAACCACGUAAGAGUAAUACUCCGGUGACAUUCGAAGCUUCCUUUGCUAGCUCCACCCCGAUCAAGGCUCAGGGUACUACUGAAACGAAGAAGAUUGACGAGUUGGUCAAAGUAGUCGAGACUGAAGUGGCUAAGGUUAGCAUUGCUCCUAAACCCCGCGAGUCGCUGUCCUUCUCGAAUGAUGACGAGGAUGAUUCGCCCAAGCUGAAUAAACUCGUCCAGGACAUAAUUAAUAAAUCCGAAUCAGAAUCGGAUUCAGAAGACGACAAUAUGUCAUUAGCCUGCUUUGUUCGCCGCGAGGAAAGCUUCCUGAGGCCAACUGGGCAGCAUUCAACUAUCCAGGAAACCAUGGACGCGACAGGUGGAGAUGAGAGCAACAGUGCAAUGGAUGACGAUAUAAGUGUAACGACGGAGACUACUAGCUUUGGUGGUAGUAUCAAAAAACGCAAACGACGAAAGUCUAUCUGCGUGACGAAAUCGCGACGAGCGAAGGUUCCCGUUGAUAACAGUAAACCAGUAAUUACGUUUAAUUGUGAUUUGUGUCGAAAGGUGUUCAAAAAGCAAGAUGCCUAUAAUAAACACCGGAUGACACUGUCACAUAUCGCGAAGCUCUCCGAGCAGGAAUAUCUGGAGGCACAGCAAAAGGAACAAGAAGCAGUUACUGCUGAGAAGCAACCGAGUCCUAUUGCUUCAACGGAAAUUUCAGCAAUUGCCACUUCCCCACCUAACACCAUGAAAAAUCUAAGUCAAGAAGAGAAGCUUUUCUAUGAGUGCUGUUCGAUGCUGAAGGAAUCCAAUGCCGACAACGAAAAUCUCAAUCUGACAGUAUCGUUAAAAUCCGAUGAAAUGACAAAUCCUGGCAUUGCUAGUGAUCAGAUUGCACCACCUGAAGUAAGCGUCACCUAUCCGAACCCGUUCGCAUCACUGCCGCAGCAGAAUAAAACUACUGACAAUAGUUGCUUCAACAUGGGUGAUAGCUUUCCGUCCUUCCCUGAUGUUAGUGAAAGCGAAAACUACAUUCAAACGAUCAAUCAGAGAAACUUGGACGAUCCGUUCGCGAAGCUCACAGCAGCUGGACAUGUACAACAAUUGUGUACUUCAGAUAACGAAGGGAACCUAUCGCCACAUAAUUCAACCAAGUCAAGCAGCUCGCAGGCGUCUGUGUUUUCGCAAAAAACGUUCAAAACCAAGGGGGCUCUGAAAGGGUACGACAAUUUUAAAGUUUCUAUACCUAUGAGUGGCAUUCAGAUCGCAAAGGAAUCAAAGCUAGAUACUUUGGCGGAUGUGGCUCUCUGUGGGGACAUACCAAAAGAGUUUCAACUCAAGGAUAGCGAAGAAGAAAAGGAUAGUUCCCCGAAGGUGGAAUCCCCGCCGAAGGACGAUGAUUCUCCCAAGAAUGGUCUACAGACGGGUGGAAGACGAGUACCAGCUAAAAAGGAACAAUUUGCGAACAAGUUAGGUUUUCGAGCAAAGAAAAAGGCAAUCUCUACUCCGAGUACUCCUAGUAGAGCUACUCCGAAAAGAACAACACAGAAAAAAUCUAACAACAGUGCAGGCACUCCUACUCUCGGCCGGAGUAGACCAGAUCCUGAUGAUAUAUAUGCAUUCCAGGAUUCUCCACCCGAGGAAAUGAUACUUCCUCCGUCAUACACAUCGAACAAGAAAUUAACUACUGGCUCAACAGUGGUUGGAAACAAAAGCACUGCGGAUCAGUCUCUCACUACCGAUCAGGGCGAGGAAAGUCAGCUAUCCAGUUUAAGUUUCUCCGAUCGGGAUGAUUUCAUAUACGGUACUAACACACUGAGCGAGGAGGAUGAAGAUGACAAGAGUAGCAGCUACAGUAGUUCACAGACGACACCUAAGAAACCCGUCAAGGCGGACGUACAGAAAAAGAGCCUCAUUAUGGGACGAAUUUUCAAAAAAUCCAAAGAUAAGCCCAAGGAGGACUCAGGUGCCAAAAAAGUAUCACCCGCAGAAGUUGAGGAUGCUGUCAAACCAGUGGCGAAAGAUUUUGAUAAAUUAUUUGACACACUGAAAAAGUUAGAAGAAGUGGAGAAGAAGACUGAACCAGAGAGCAGCGCACCAACGGAAAAUGAACCUGGUAAUGAGAAUGUCGAUUCCAAGUUACUGGAAGAGUACGAAGAUGAAAAGGGUAAUAGGAAACUACGAAGAAGAAGUACACAAAAGAAAUUAACAGAAACAUGGGAUUCGGAUGAGUAUGAGGACUUCAACUUGGGUGAUAUCGUUGGUUUGAUAGAGAAAAAAGACGAACAGGAAGCUAGCGAAGACCGACCAAAGCCAAUGGAAUCAAAAGCGAAAGGGUCUAUCGAAAAUGUGAAAAAAUCUGAAGAAUCACCACUGAAAGCUAUCAAUCAGCCUGCCAAGGAGCAAGCCACGGCAAAAGUAAAAACCGUUGCAGACAAAAAACCCAUCGUUACGGACGAAACGAUUCGACAGGUUAUGGAAAGUGUCAUCAUGGAAGUGUCGAUGAGCAAAAAUCACCGAACAAGGGAUAACAAACGCCGCAGUAAAGGGAAACCAGCAGCCAAGGGUUCAGCAGAAGAAAACGAACCUGAGAAACCCGUCAACAAAGUUAGUAGUUCAGAUGCUGACAACGAAUUAGAUGAACAUAUCCUGGAGUCGAGUGUGGUCAUUUCCUCGAGAACCAUCACCACCAAAUUUAAGCAGAAACUGAACUCCGCUCAGGCCGGAAAACAGAAACAGCAGCAAUCGAAGCAAAAGCAAAACAAAACUGUCGCCAUAGAUGAGCCUAAUAACGAAACCGUCGAUAAUACCGCCAACAAUAACAACACCCAAAGCCAAAAGACGAAAACCACCAACAAACCGAAAGAACCGCGAAAGGAUCCAGCGGAAUCGGCGACAAAGAGUGCAACCACUGCCACCAACAGUAGUGCCAAGUUGAAACAACGAAAAGGUCCACCAAAAAAGAUGAAAAAUGUCGCGUACGAUCCGGACAGUGACUUCGAGGAUAACAUCAAAUGUAAGAAGGUGAAAAAGAAACUGCUUGAAAAUGACAUUGAGGCAAACCUGAAAAUCGAACAGUUGAACGCAACACUUAGCGACAGCAUUUUGAUGCCGGCACCCCGUCGGAAACGAAAUGCGGCUGAAACUCUCUACUUUUGGUCGUCGUCUAGCGAGGAGGAUGACCUGGAGUCAGACUACGUGGGAGUGUCCGCUCCAACGAAGGGCAAAAAACAGAAAAAGAAAGUUGCCGCCAAACCGAAACCGAAACAGGCAGCGGAAGGGCGACAGCAGCAGCAGCAGAAAUCAAAGCAAAAACAGCAGCAACAACAAACGACGCAGCAACAGCAGCCGAAACAGACGGUUGGUGCAACAGUUGAAGCCGGUACCGGCGAUGACACCAGUAGUAGCAGUGAACACAUGCAGCAGCAGCACGGUUGGAUAGUGGGAGAUUCGCACAAAAAGCUAGUUACGCUUCUCGCUCAUGCCAAGGGCAAACAGCAGGACAACCGGACGGUGAAAGCAGCGAGCAAUCGACGGAAGACGUAAGUAGUUGCUUUUUGUUAGAUGAUAUUGUAUAUAAUGUAUGUUUGCGAUUAAUCGAGAAGGAAUUGUAACAAACAGUGGCACUGAUUGAAGGUUUAUUGGACUGCCUAUUAUAGUGUAUAUUAAAAUAUAUGUCUGGUUUAGAAAGUUGCUAUAAAAUUUCCUAAUUAAUUUUUUGUGACUGAAUUGAGCCAUAUGCUUUCUAUGAAAGAGGUUCAGUAUCAGGUUCGUUAUGAAGGAUGCUACAUUGUUUUGCAUGUUCACAACUGGACAGAUAGUUACAUAAACGUCAUAAACUGCAAAACAGCAAGAAUAGACCAAGGGACUUUGAAGCGCCCUGCAACAAAUCGUGAGUUCUGGGGGACGUGUAGUAUAGUUGGUAUACAGCCAACCAUAACAUUUCUAGAAGAUUUCAAAUACUUCUGAAAGGUACAUUAUUUUCGAGAGCACGCUAAUAGAAAUAUUUUUUGAGAGCAGAAAAUAACGAUUUAGUUCUAGGUUGACAAUUGAUAUACUAGAACAUGCUGGGCAUAACGGAUACAGCUGCCUCUCUACGCGUAAUUGUCCCAUGAGUAUAGGAAAUCCCAUUGCACAUGAAACUGUUAUACGUAUGGCGGUUGCACAGUAGAGUAUACUCAGGGAAAGAUAGACAUUUUUCUUAUGCGAAUAUAAAGCAGAAUGAAAUCAAAUUGCAUAACAAGAAAUAGUGUUAUUAUCCGUAUCCUAUGUUGUUUACUUUGGUCAAGAUUGAAAUUCUGGAAAUGAAUUCUACCGUAUUAUUUUGCCUUAUCCGACCGAGAUUUAUUUUGCUUUUUUUAAUGUACCUAUAAUUGAAUAAUAUACACUAUAAUAAGCCGCUAAUGAAGUUUUCACCCAGUGUUCCAUUGUAUUGCAUAAAGUACGACAAGUAGGCAAAACGACCUGUCGAAAAACUAAACGACACAACAAAUUGUGUGGCCAGAAGAUAGAGGAACACACCAAGACUGUAAGCGAAAUGUAGCCGAUGGAGCAAGAGCCAGAAAAUUGUUUAGACUAAAUUUACGGAGCAUGUGUAUAAAUUUGUGAUAAGGUGGAGAAAAAAAGCUUCAACAUAAUAUUGAAAGAAAAAUAUCUCACUCUACGAUAUAAAUUAAUCACUAUACUAAGAAAGAGAAAAAUCAACUGGUAGCAAAAAUUUAGUAUACUUUCCGUUUAGUUAAUCGAUGCUGGUUUGGAUGAUUGUCGUGUAACUGCACCUAACCAAACGUUGGCAAUGGUAUUAAACGCUCUUUUUAUUCGAUAAUAACUACUGAUUGUGUAUAAGUUAUCAUUAUCCCUGUAGGUAGCGGAGAGAAUGUUCAUUCCGUUUAUAAAAUGGGUAAACUGUGAAACUAUGCUCCAGCUGCAAGUUUACCGUCGUAAUGUUGUUUCCACAGGAGAUGAAUCAUUCAAUCGUACUGAAAGUAAAUAGAUAUAGUUUUAUAUAGCAAAAAAACAACAAAAAACUGAAAAAAUUAAACUAAUGUUGUAUCCUACCCAGCAAAAUAGGACAUUGAAAUGAACUCGAGAAACAUGCUGGUUUCUGACUAAAUUUGAUGAAACAAAAUAAAAAUUAUAAUCUAGUUCAUGUAUAGUUAUAUAAGGGGUAGCUAAAGCUAUGGACAUAGCAACUGAACAUUAUGAAGGUUAGAGCGAAUUUAUUUUUGUCCUUCCAAACCACGUUCAAAUUACGUUAACAAUCGAACGACUGUGCAAAAUUAGUUGAAUUAAGUUAGAGAGAUAGAAAGAGCUUUUUUUUUUUCCCCUAUUUUUCCCCCUAUGUUUUAAGCAAACAGUCAACUCUAGUGUAUAGGGAUUUAUGUACGAUAAUCGCUUUACGGUUGCCGGGAUCUGAAAAAUAAAUAGAUUGUAGGAUUUUAUCCCGUCCUAAACAUUUCACACCUGUCUACCUAUUACCACCUAUUACGUUUUUGCGUUUAUUUAAGUUACCUUUUCAGCAUAUGUAAUACCAAUAGAACAUAACCGCGCGUAAUAGUUUUUCAUUGAAAAAGAACGAAUCUAUUUCAUCACAUUUUAAGUCGAUAGAGAUUGCAUGUUGUUUUUCGUUUGCGCCAGGACUAUAUUAUCAAUCGCUUAAAAACAUAUAAACAAAAUUCGUUCCUUGUUGGGGUGCCCCCCUUCCCUUCACCGCUCCCUCAAUUUAGCACAGAAACUAGUGGUUAUGUGCAUCCUCAGCAAAAGUCGGUCAAUGACCCAAACAAAACUUGUGGUUGGGUGCUGGACAUAUAACUCGCCGAUGGGGUUGGUGCGUGCCGCCCGUCAAUAUUGUCAGUCAAUAUCUCGUAUGCUUGUUUCGUUUUAUGAAUCCUAGCCAGGGUAGAUUUUCUCGAAACUUUCUGAAUUUGUAAAUGUUGGAGCGAACCUACUCCUCCGGAAUCCAAAAGCGAAAUCAGCAUUAAUUUCUGAAUACCCUUCCCGUUGAAUCUAAAACCUAGUUUUCAUAUUUCUUCAAUUAUUAUUUGUUUGCAAUAAUAUGUAAAAUAUAAAAGAUGCUAACAUAAUUUAGCUUAUAACAACAUCUUACAAGCAUCUUUUACUUGGGAAACUUCUGAAGAUAGGCUCAUAAUGUUUAGUAUUUGCAUGAGGGCUGUUUCCAAUUUAUUCGUUCGGCACAAAUCAAUGCAGAAGACGCAUCAUUUGUUAUACAAGCGCUAAUUGUUAGCGAUAAUCUGUUACGAAGUGUUUGGAUUCUACGUAAUUUUUAGUGCGCUUGAUAAUAUUUAGUUGUCUUUUCAGGAAUAUGCAGCGCAACCUAACAACUGUGGUUUUUUCCUUAUAAAUCCUCUUCAGGUUGGACAGAGAAUGCGCAAAAUUCGCAAACGAAAAAAGCAGUUUUUUCCACACCGUAUGUCAGAUCUACAUAAAAACCAAUCGUAUGUAGAAUGUUGUUACAGUACUGCUGAUUGAUUUUUAUGAAAAUCUGACAUACGGUGUGGAAAAAACUGCUUUUUUCGUUUGCGAAUUUUACCCUUUCUCUGUCCAACCUUCACCUGUGCAAUCGUCACUGUUGUCUUGCCAUUGGAGGUUGCUUCUUUUCGCAUUCUGCGCUGUACUAGUAUUACAAGUUACGUUAUAAUUUUCAGAUGUCGAUUAAAAAUAUGCCAGCACUGAAUGUUUUCCGUGUAGAUUUAGAUGGUGCCAUUUGUGGCUAAUUGGAAGACCUUUCCACCCAUCCCACACACAGAACUGAAAGGAUUGAUGCUCGCAUUGCGUCCCAAGAUGCGCUCAACAACAACACUCCCUCCCAAUGGCUUUGUAGCUUGAUAUAGCAGCAUUCUCAAUUAUUAUGCUAAUGGUCCGAGUAACAUGAGCGGAUUUCAAGCCUCUUCUAAAGGAGACGGCCACAAUAUGUUCUUGGUAGGACUAUCCUUGAAUUCUCUGAACGGUAAGCCUUGCAGCCAUGUAUCAGGGUUAAGAGCUGUAGCGCGUUACCUUGGGCGACCUCCAACUUUGAAGGAUAUGAAGCUCAAAGUGCUAACGUCAGUGCCUUUUUCACAAUCUGGGGUAACUUUUAUCGCUGUAGUUUAGUCCUUCUUUGGGCAUUAUUUCGACAGUCUUGCUAGGAAAUAUACAACCAGAGCAAUGGUGUAGGAAGUGUUGUUACGGUUCAACAAUGUAGCUAUUAUCGACUAGCUUUCGAUCGCCAACAAGAAUAUUGAAUGAGGGCCAUCCUCCCGACGAUGUUUCUGAGGUGGUCGAGAGAAGUCUUGUACGUUUCAUUGGAAACGAGCCAUUCAAUCAUUUUGAGGCGACGAAUUGAAUUGGCGCAGCUGAAAAAUGUCGAAACAUAUGUAUUACCCAAGUUCAAUGUGUGCUAAUUAUUUACUCCAAUUGAAUUUGUCAAUAAAACUGACUGAAAACUGUGCUUCUAAAGUUUCAUGUUUUCGUAUGUUUUAUUUACAAUAAGGUUUUUACGCAAAAUUUCACCAACUUUUAUUAAAGUGUCAUUCAUCCCAUAAGAAAUACAUUGCGACGAAUCGUGCGCCAAAUAGCGCUACGAAUCUUGCUGCGACGAAAAAUAAUCGUCGGAAAAGCACGGACAAUAUGUCUCAGCAUUUUGGAAUGCCAUCCAUGAUGAUGAUAAUGAGGGUACUGGCAUUUUUAAGAUUGUAUACUAUUCCCCCGAUAAUCAUUCCCCAGAAAGCCUUUCCUCACAAUUCCACCCCCCAGAAUACUAUUCCCCAAAAAGUCAUUUCCUAGAAUGUACCAUUCCCCAGAAUUUUUGUGACUUGGAUGCUCACCCUAUCACCUGAUUCACUCUCCAUCAUACCACUCUAUUACACCCCUGUCGCUCCCCCUGGCAUCCCAUGUGGGACACUUUUCUUAGGCCCCACUACUGACAUACCAUGUGAGGCUUACUUGGGUGCUCACCGUUUUCAUAUCUUGUGAAGCUGACUUUUGUGCUCACCUCUAACAUAACAUGUGAGGCUGACUUUUGUGCUCACCCCAAGGGAUGAGUCGCUUAGAACAAUGUGCCAUACAUACUGUAUCACCUACUAUAACACGAUAUAAGAUUACGAUUCACAGUAAUACAUGAUCAUUUCACUCGUUACCAUAAUGUGUGGCACAAUGAGGCACACUUUUGACAACUCAAAAACUGUCAACAAAGUAGUUGAAUAAUCAUAGCAACCAUUGCUUUUGUUUUACUGAACACCAUGGCACAGCGUGACACAUCGUCGCACAUUGUGGCACAAACUACUACGCUGUUUGUUUGUGAGCACAAUUCGAUUUGUGAUAAGCGACUCACCCCUUGGCUCACCCUGACACACCAUACAUACCGUGUGAGGCUGACUUGGAUGCUCACUCUUCGCUCCUCUGCCACGCCAUGAGGCUUCGAUAGCUAAGUCCCAACAUACUACGCUACGACCCUCCCAUCUUGGCAUGAGGCAGUCCACAUAUACGCCUAUAGACUCGCUCUUCUGCCUUGCUUCGGGGUGGCUGGGUUUACCCCUUACACGGUUGCCAGUCGCUGCGCCAAACCUGCCUCAGCAUGAACAGACCAUUCACUCACUUUUCUGCGCUCGGCGUUUUUCACUGCAACUAACCAAUCACUAGUUAGUCGUGCCCGUCAUCUGUUGCUUGGUGCGCCAGAUUCCCUGUAGCCUGCAGGCAAUCGGGGUGGUUGCAGUCGAGACUGCGUUCCACUUCUCCACCGCUUGACACAUCCGCUGAAUAAGGGUAUCAGGGGUUGUGUCCCAGUCGCAGACGUCAAGCAUUGCGCUUCUUUCGACGUCGAAACGAGGACAUACGAACAGUACGUGUUCGGCAGUUUCGUCGACACCUGGGCAGUCAGGGCAGACGGGGACCUCCGCGUGCCCGAACCUGUGGAGGUACUGUCGGAAGCAGCCAUGGCCUGACAGGAAUUGUGUCAGAUGGAUGUGAACUUCCCCAUGGGGUCUGCCUACCCAGCUCGAUAUGUUAGAUAUCAGCCGGUGGGUCCACCUACCUUUCGAGCAGUUAUCCCACUGACGCUGCCAUCUGGGGACCGAAGCCUCCCUGGUGCGCUCGCGGGCUCCGCUAUUUCCACGUAGCUCGAAGCACUCCUCAUCUUCCCGGAUGACCAGCCCGACUGGCAUCCUGCUCACUAUCACGCAGGAUGCAUCAUGUGAUACUGUGCGGUAAGCAGAUAUCACUCUGAGGCACAUCAAGCGGUAGGUGCUCUCCAGUUUCUGUAGGUAACUGGUUACCCUCAGUGCUCUUGACCAUGACGGACCGCCAUACCUGAGGAUAGAUACGGUAACGCCUGCCAGUAGCCUACGCCUACUGGCGCACACCUUUGAGCUGUUGGACAGCAUCCUCGAUAAUGCCGCAACAGCAGUCGACGCUAUCUUGCAUGUAUAGUCGACAUGGCUGCCGAAGGUCAGCUUGUCGUCUAUGAUGACUCCGAGAGACUUCAGACUCCGCUGUGAGGUGAUCACGACUUCUUCCACAUGGAUAACUGUAUCACAGACUAACAGACAUAACACUACAAGGGAAUUCCCUCGAAAAACAUCGAUUCGACAAUUUUCCCAGAACACUAGCUCCACCUUUUAUUCACAGUCCCAAACACUCAUUUACUGGUGGGUUACCCCUCAGGUUUGGGAACAAUUUUUCACUAGUGGUCUAUCCCCCAUAUGCUUGUUCAUAUGUCAGUGGCGCCAUAAUUUCAAAUGUGGCCACAGUCCCAACUACAAAUAUAUUUAAAAUGACCGUUGAAGCGGGCGAAGCUUUGUUUUUGAGUGUUAUGUCUGUUAGUCUGUGACUGUAUGUUGUGCCGACUUGCGGUUGUUGACGAUAACUACCUCCGUCUUAUGCUGAUGAGUCCAAGCUUUGCUGAACCGUCCGCGAAUAUACUGCGCAAGUAGAUGUAUGCGCCGUAGGCUACGGCUGAGGCAUACACGAAACCAUGUAUCUCGUAUCCAAUGGCAUCUGAAUACGUAAUACAACUGUGUCAUCUUGAUAAGGUUCGACUACGGCAAUGCUUAUUGCAAAGUUAACCACGCUUACUGAAAUUGCUACUCCACGAUGUCAUCCCAUCCCGUGUUUGUCUUCCAAAGUUGCUAUAUCAGAAGCUUUGCCACGAUGAUAAACGGAACGAACAAACUGUGUGGAUCGAAAAAUUUCAUUCAAUGCGAUUUCAGAGUAGAUUGUUCGUUUUGUUAUCCUUUCAAUUUGUGUCAAUACUGGUCGAUGCUGAUGGGCGGGGUAGGAUCCCUUAAUGGCCUCAUUAGCUCCAUAUUCUUGAAGUCAGGUGCUUUUCAUGGUCCUCGAACGGUAUGUGUUCUAUAAACUCGACGGAAUUUGAACCCUAUUUGUGUACGGGAAAACAAUCUCUGGCAAGCAAUUGCUUUAAGGGGGGCGUAUGGUGUAAAGUGUUCAAACCAAAAGUUAUUUUUUUACCAUUUUGAAGGUAAAACAACAAUGGAUCUUUUAUGUAAUGUUAAGAUUUAUUUAUUCAUUGUGCACGAAAAAAAUAUUUUCAGUCACGCAGGGCCACACACACGAGUGUUCCAAGAGUAGAUGUUCACGUCGUUUUCACGCCGAGGAGCGCCGCGGCGACCACAAUAACUCUUGAUAAAAUUGUCUGAUACAGGAAAUUCAAUAAGAUUUGUAAAGCUUCGACUUGUAGUUACUCGAUGAACCAACAAAAAUGGAAAAAGUACGAGUUUUGGAAAAUGGUUUCAUGAAAACCAAAAAAUCUUGAAAAUAUUUUACUGUAAAAUUCGCUCUUUUUUCUUCAAAAUAAUAGGGAAAAAAUUAUUAAUUUUCUGUGGUUCAUCGACAGGCUACACAUAUUGUGCAUUCUCAUAAAAAAUCAAGCCAAUUCGUUGAUUAGUUUUUGAGUUAUCGUGUUCGCCAAUUUGAAAAAAGCGGUUUCUAGAAAAACGCUAUUAAAGGGUGUCCCACAUCAAAUUGCACCACAGAAAAAACGCUGUAGAAAAUGAACCAAUCAUUGGGUAUUUUCUCUUGAAAAUUUGGAUAGAAGUAGUUUAGAGUGUAUUGUUUACACUAUAUUUUUAUCGUUGCAAGUUUUUCGAAAAUUGUUGCCGAUAGAUUGAAAUCUGCGUAUGUUACAGCAAAUACGAGAGCAAUUAAUGGUGGUUUAUAACAAAAGCAGUUCGAUUGGGCCACCGAAAUUGCGGAAUACUAUUCUAGAGGUUCAAUACUAAGAAUUAAGCGGAUGAAAGGAAGUCGAUUCUUUUUGCCCACUACACAAGACGCUCCCCUUAACUGAUAGUGAUAUUCGAUUGCUUCUUCGACAGUGUCAGACAAGAUGUCGUCCAUAUAACAGUCCUCCUUAAGAAUGCAAUCGGCUAUCAUGUGGUUCUUCUUCGGCAAGCUGAUUCAGGCAUUGAGUGACUUGAUACGGGGUGGAUGCGGUUCCAUACGUUAUAGUAUUCAAUUCCAAAACUCGAAGUGAAUGCGUUUGCUGUUCCUUCCAGAAAAUUCGUCGGUAACAAGUCUUCUCAGGAGCCAUGCGUAUUUGGCGAUACAUUUUACUUAUAUCUGUCGAAAACAUACGGUCCUAUUCUGCACGGUGUGUGACGUGAGACGACUAAACUCACCUCACUUUACGUGACUUUUUUCACCCGAUUCUGAGAGUCGACUCGGGUGGUUAAAUGGGCGUCUCACGUCACCCUUCAGAUUUGGGUGAGAAAAGUCACGUAGAGUGAGGUGAGAUUGGUCAUCUCACGUCACACGCCGCGCAGAAUAGGGCCGAUAAUAUCACGCUGCCGGAAACACAACAUGAUGGAAAAUAGGUCUUGUUGCACAAUAGGGCCUACUUUAAGGACAUCGUUUAAUGAAAUUGCGGAUGACAUAGACUUCGCACUAGUAUCGAAAACUACGCGGCACUUGGUACUGGAACUGGAGGGACGAAUAACAGCAUGGUGUGGCACAAAAUACUUCGUUGGAUUGACUGGAUCGACUGCCUUCACUUCGUUACAAUGACCAAGUGCUUCGUAUUCUCAAAUAAAUUCGACGUACGGCAAUCGAAACUCAGAGCAAGGAAGCAACCACUUUUCCAACAUCAAGAAUCGCUUGAAAGCUAAUGCGCGGCCAUCAUCCAACUGGCUAAAGGUAUCCUUAAAUGGAAGUCUUCGAUAAAUGUAAUUUUUUGUCAACAACUGAGCGAGAUCAGAGUGGAGUUAACAGAAAAUUUGCUUCACAUGACUGCUCUUCGGUUGACAACGUUGUAGCAUCGGAAACUUCUUCGAUCUUCCAGAACUGAAGCAUCAUCUCCUGUACUUUGUCUAUUGAUCCUAGGUUUGCAUGUUGCAUGGCAGGUCACGUUGAGCUCGUAGACUACUCAUCCUAGGUAGGUCUCUCUUAGCGAUAAUUAAAUGCCCAGGCUUUAGCAGGUCGAAAAAUAGUUCAGCUCCGACCAACAAAUCCAUUUUGCUGGCUCAUGGAACGCAGGAUCGGCAAGUUCAAUAUUACUGGGAAUAUUUUAUUUUUUACGUCGAGUAUGAUGGCCGGUUACUUUUGGUGUAACUAGGCACUCUAUGUUAGCGUAGCGAAACUUAACAAAUGCCUUAUCCACUGAGAACUGACAUACAAGUAAAGUUUUCAACUUGUGUAAGAAAUAAAACUGUCGCUUUGAAAUGACAACAGCAAGUAGCAACUUGCCACUGGUCGGCGCUUCAAUCGCCCAGCAAUCGCUAUACGGGACUAGUGUGCAAACUUGGAUACAAUGGUGAUUAACGCAUGCAAACCUAUAUGCGAUGGUGAUUUUCAACGUAUUUUCAUUCAAAUGUUUACACAGGUUUUUCGGGAAAGUUUGCACUAGUUUAUAUGUCUGUUCUCUGUGCCUUAUCAUAGGCCAUCGUUUUGAUAACAAUUAUUCCGACAAUAGGGAUCUUUAAUUUGGAAAAAUUGUGUCAGUCUUUCAUAUGCAUUGAUAGCGGGUUUCGUUACGAGUACACUCGUAUCAUUCUUAAACCUUAAUUAUUCUUUUCUGAUUUUUAAAUAAAAAAAAAACAAAUUAAA